AUGGUAGCACAAACAACUAUGUUUCAUGUUUCUACCAUUGCCCUCAAUCCUCAACCUCACACUUUCCUCUCUCCCUUUCCAGUCUCCACCUCUUGCAACUUCAAACUGUCACAAACUCUCCGCUACCCCAGAAACUCCAAUCGCCGGUCUCUGUCGCCAUCGCUGUAUGCGACAUCCCAAUUCGACGAUUUUGAAGAAGACGUCAUCGGUGACUGUGUCGUGUUCGAGGACGGCAUCUUCGAUGACCCCCUUUUCCACAACUCCGAUGCUCUUCCUGUUGAUAAGCCCAAGCUUGACAAGCCCAAGCCCAGUCGGAGAAAAAAGGUGGAGGAGAACUUGGGGGAGAAUUUGGUUCCGGACAAAUGGCGAGAGAUUCAGGCGGAGAUAAACAUCACUAAGAAAGAGAGGCGUAAGAUAGCGCGGGAAAUAGAGUUCAACAGCAAGGUGGAGAAGAAGAGAAUAGGGUUGAUUCCCCUAAGGGAUAUGAACUUGGAUGACUACAAGGCUUAUAAGGAGGCCAGAUUGGCGCAGAUGAAACUUCUCGCUUACUCUUCUAGUUCUCCGGUGAACGAAGAGGUUCCCCAACCUGAAGCUGAAUUGAAUCAUGACGAAGAGGUUCCUGAACCGGAAUUGAUCAGCGAACGUGUGGAGCCCAAGAAUCCUAGAUGGGCUGUUUAUGGGAGGGGUUUGGAGGAUGUCAGUGAGUUUUUCAAUAGUGAAAACUAUGACCCUGCUGCUAACACCACUCAAGGUAAGCGGAAGCUGUUAACCAAGGAGGAGAAGUUUUUAUUGAAUAAGCGAGUACCAGACUUGGCAACUGCUACUUCAGAUAAAUGGCUUCCCCUGCACACUCUUGCUGCUUGUGGAGAAUUUCAACUUUUAGAUUCUCUGUUGAAGCAUAAUGUUGAUAUCAAUGCUGUGGAUAAGGAUGGUUUGACUGCCCUUCACAGAGCUAUAAUUGGAAAAAAGCAGGCCAUAACCAAUUAUCUCCUCAGAAACUCAGCUAAUCCCUUUGUACAGGAUAGAGAGGGAGCCACAUUGAUGCACUAUGCUGUACUAACAGCUUCUACCCAGGCAAUUAAAAUACUCUUACUGUAUAAUGUGGAUAUAAAUCUCCAGGACAAUUAUGGCUGGACACCAUUACAUCUUGCUGUACAAGCUCAGAGAACAGAUUUAGUGAGGCUUCUGUUGAUUAAAGGUGCUGAUAAGACAUCAAAAAACAAGGAUGGUUUAACUCCACUUGACCUUUGUCUUUACUUUGGACAAAGUGCCAGAACAUACGAGCUAAUCAAGUUGUUCAAGCAGCCUCUAAGGCGAGGAAAACAUGUAUCAAGACGAUAA